AUGUCGUACUCCACCGGCGGUGGUGGCACGCUGACGCUUCCAUCUCCGACACAUGUCCAUCAUGUUGACGUGACUUCGGCGGUACGAUCUCUCAGGCGCUCCCUCUCGCGCUCUCCAUCCAAGUUCAACCUUGUUACGAAAUCACCAAGCUCGUCUCCAAAAUCACCACUCUCGCCCUCACCACGAUCGCCUUCCAAACGCGCAAGUACCGGUUCGCACCUCAGCUUUUUCACCAGCGCUUCCAGCAACAGCCCAUAUACGCCUUCACCUCUCGCUGUUCCUUUCCCAGCCGUCCCUUUCCCACCGAGCGCAAAACUCGCGCUGCGCUCCUCUGGCCGCUCAAAAGCCGCGUCUCCUCGACCUUCUUCGCGCACUCGAACUUCGCCAAAGAGUCCGAUGAGACGCGUUUUGAGUAACUCGUCGGACAGCGGAAACGCCGCCUCGCCAACCUUGUCAUCCUGGGUUACGACCGGACAGGAGAACAGCAGAAGCACGAGUCCUGCGGAGCGCAAGAACCUAGAGAAGCCCUCGAGAAUGUCUCUGAAUCUGGACGCGACUGCGCCGAUAAACCACGCGCUUUCGAGACUGGGCGACGGUUCCAGCGACAGCCCACUUGGCCCAUCGACCUCGAGCCCGCUAAAGCGCAGUGAUACGAUCAUGAAUCUCGAUCAGGCGAGCCUUGGUAGCCCGGUCGCCAAACGGAGGAGCUUGCACGGCUCGGCCAGCUUUGGCCAUGACUUCAAUGUCUUCGAUCACGGCCCGACAUCUGCGGCGCAGUUUGAUAUUCACGACGAGUCGAAUCACGAGUACGAACUAUCAGCGGCGUCUUUGGCGCCCGAAAACGCAUCUCUGACGUCGAUGCCUCGAAGAUCCUCUUCUUUGCGCAAAUCCACUCUACAGCAGCGACAUGGGGAGAAAACCUCGUGGGGACGGAGACAUGCGGCCCAGGUGCUGGCAGCCCAGCAACUUGCGGCACAGAGUGGCUCAGAAGUCUCAACACCAAAUCCAGUCAAGAAUCGACCUCGGCUUUCCCUGGAUCAAUUCAUGCCGCCUAUGGCCCGGGACAGUCCCUUCUCAUCGCAAGGCAGCCUCCCACAUCCAUCGAUGCAUGUGGUGAAUCCGCCAACCCAUCAGCCACACCCAUUGUCACGGACCAUGACGACCUCCUCAUCUAACUCAAGCAUGGUUGAUGAGUCCCCCACACAUGUUCCCGUUCACUUUGGUGAGCACCCUAGGCCCAAGCUAGACUUCUCAAAAUCAUUGCCUGUGGGGUCAUUAAAUCCAUUCGCCCCGAAGGCGUCCAGAGGAGAGGAGUCAGGUUCAUUCUCAACUCCUCAGAAUUACAAGUCUGUCAAGCCAUUACCAGCUGCUUUCAUGUCGACAGGCCUCGUUUCCAAGGUCAACCGAAACCCGGAAGACGAGCCAACUCGUGGGCUGGGCAAGGGAAUUGUACCCGACACUCCCUGCAAGAAACAGGUCAAUAUCUUUGCUACGUAUCCUCCAAAUAUUCCUGGCAGCGCGGCCUCAAAGGGAAGGCAUAUUCGACCCUCUUUUGGGAACCCAUCUACUCCAUUCAACCCUCAUGGGGCUCCUGGAAACUCCAGCAUAUUUGGCAAAGGCUCUGGGGUGUUCGGCGGGCCGUAUAGCAGAAAUAGUUUAAGCAGGCGGGGCAGCUUCCUCAGCAAUGAUGGGGAUGAUAACGGUGGCUCGCCUGACGCCAAGGGGGAGGAUCGAAGCAGUUCUGACUUUGACUUCCCCCCAACCCCCACCAAACAAGCUCUUGUUCCUGGCUUGACGCCACAGCCAGGUGAUGGUAGCCCAAGCAGUCACCGUAGCAUCUCAGUGUCAGCAUCCGCUUCAGGCUACGGACUCGCCCGGAAACUCGUAAGAACGAGGAGUAAGUUAAGCCUUUUUACAACCCCAAUCGAGAAAGAGGAUGAUCACAGCGAUACGGAGAUGGACAUGGAUGACUCUCCAACGCCGAUGGAUUCCAAGCGUGACUCAAAAAUAUUCAUGUCCAUGCCGUUAUCUAGCAUCUCCCUCCCAACCCGGCGUCCAACUCCAAUACAUUCUCCAACGCCAUUGAAGGCUAAAUCUCUUACUAUUUCAUUCCUCGCCCCGAGAAGACCAGGGUUUGCUAAAAUUAGUCACGUGGCUCCAGCGAGUUCGUUGGAGCGUAUAGGUUUCGUCGAUCGAUUAUCACCCAGCACCCCCAAGGACAGCUUACUCCCUCCUGACCCCAGCGGCCUCUCCAUCUCGAACCCCAAAAAUGGACAAAUUCAGAAGUCAGCCAGAGCUAGCAGUGCCUCGAUGUUUCCCCCAGCGACUCCCACAACUGGGCGGGAAUCCUUCCUGCCUAUCUGCGACAGGAGACUCAGCAUGACUCCCCUCGGCAACCUCUCCACUGCAACGGAAAUGGACAAGUCACUCGCAUCGAGAUUCGAAAAAGCCGAGUUGAUCGGAACUGGAGAAUUCUCUCAUGUAUAUCGAGUCACCCAACCUGCCCCUCGGAUUCUUCGAGCCAGUCAAUCAGUCUAUUUUGGUGCAUCUAGAUCGCCAUUUCAAGGUAGAUCCCCUCAAACACCCAUGCCCGAACGGGUUUUCGCCGUAAAGAAAUCACGACAGCCCUACCAAGGCACCAGGGACCGCGAAAGGAAGCUACAGGAAGUCAGUGUGCUUAAAUCACUAGGACAGACUGAUCACGUGGUUCAUCUUAUCGACAGCUGGGAGGACAAUAGUUAUCUAUACAUUCAAACCGAAUUCUGCGAAGAAGGAGGUCUUGAUAUGUUCCUGUCGCAAGUCGGCCGGAAGGGAAGGUUAGAUGAUUUCCGCAUCUGGAAGAUCGUGCUUGAGCUUGGUUUGGGCUUGCGACACAUUCAUGAUUCCGGAUUCAUUCACUUGGAUCUGAAACCAGCCAAUAUUCUAAUCACAUUUGAAGGUGUCCUCAAGAUCGCAGACUUUGGUAUGGCUGCUACCUGGCCUGCUCAACCAGGGAUCGAAGGAGAGGGUGAUCGCGAGUACAUCGGCCCCGAAAUCCUCUUGGGACAGUAUGACAAACCGGCCGAUAUCUUUGCCUUGGGUCUCAUAAUGCUCGAGAUUGCCGGCAACGUCCAACUACCCGAUAACGGCCCGACCUGGCAACGCCUUCGCUCUGGUGACAUGAGUGACGUUCCCAGCCUCACCUUCAGCAAUGGCAGUGCAAUCUUGCGUGAUGCCACGGGGAUACCGAUUCAAGAUAGCGACAACAGCAUGGGAUUUUCCUCCAGUGACGACGAGAUCGAGGCAAACUUUGGGUCGCCAACUAUGAUCAGUCGUAAGCGCAAUUGCGACACAUCAGUCAAGUCACUGUCUCAUGAUGCUGGAAAUCUUUUCGGCUCUGGAAGAAGGGGCGAACUUCACCAACCCCCGCAAUUCAUGACUGACAUGUAUCAUGACCAUGCUCUCGAUAGACUUGUUCGAUGCAUGAUCCUGCCAAAUCCCCAAGAUCGCCCCACGGUUCACCAGGUCCUAGAGUCCCAAGGCGUUCAAUGGGUCGCAUCCCGCCGUCGUGCUGGUGCGACCGUAUUCGAAGGCAACUGGGGACCAGCCGACGAUGUGCUGGUGGAUGAUGCCGAGAUGAUGGACGUUUGA